AUGGGACAAAAGGACGAAGUCGCGGAAGCGAACGGCCAUGCUGUGGGUGUAAACGGGCACGCAAAGGCAAAUGGCACCGCCUCAAAGAGAAGGAAAGCGGAAGAGGACAUGUAUGAGGACGAGAAUAUCUUUCUCUUCAUCCCCAACAUAAUCGGUUAUGCCCGAAUCAUCCUCGCCGUCGCCUCUCUCUACUACAUGCCCUUGCACCCUCGCACCUGCUCCGCCCUGUACAGUUUCUCCUGCAUUCUCGACGCCGCAGACGGCCUUGCUGCGCGCCGAUAUAACCAGUCCACAACCUUCGGCGCGGUGCUGGACAUGGUCACAGACCGCUGCACCACCUCUUGUUUGCUUGUUUUCCUCGCCUCCGCGUUUCCCAGAUGGUCGAUUUUGUUUCAGGGACUGAUCAGUCUUGAUUUGGCGAGUCACUAUGUCCACAUGUAUGCGACUUUGACCAUGGGCGGGCAGAGUCACAAGAAAGUCGAGGCGAGUCGGAGCUGGAUUUUGCAUUUGUACUACACGAAUAAGGUCGUGCUCUUCAUGUUCUGCGCCCUUAACGAACUGUUCUUCAUCGCACUCUACCUGCUCUCCUUCUCCUCCCCUCUCUUGUCUCCCUCGCUCCUAGUCACCAGCGAGAACGGCAUGUCAUCCACCCAACCCGGGUCACCCGCACAUCCCAAACCGAGCGCCAUCUUCGUCAAUCCUUGGAGCGCAGGCGCAAUGGAAAUGGCGCGCGCGAACAAGAUGGAUAGCACCAUUCCUUGGAUCUUGGCAGGAAUCAGUUUCCCCGUCAUGUUUGGAAAGCAGAUAAUUAAUGUCAUUCAGCUGGUGAAGGCCAGUAAGUGGUUGGGCGAGGGAGACGUGGCAGCGAGAAGAAAGGCGGGGAUCACAAAGCUGAAGAAGAAGAGGGCGUAA